ACCAGAGCAGCUAGUUGGACCUAAAGCUCCAUGAACUAAUCAUCACUCAGCCAUCACCAGUUACAAGUGCGUGCUGGAGCAUCGCUACUUCCAUGGACUCGUAGCUGUGUAGUACCAUAGGCUGAUACAAGGGUUUUUGGACAUUUUCUAGUUGUAAAGAUGAGGGGCUACCCGGACCUCACGCUGACAUUACUCCUAUGUCUAGACCUACUUCUGAGAGCAUCUGCGGCAGAAGACGCGUCGCUGUGUGGUCUGAACGGAUGCCAGGCCAUCGAACUGGCCAAGCGCUACACGGAACACACCAUGGCCAAGAUGAUGAGGACCAUCAAACCGGACGCUCUCGAGGAGGUUUUCGCGAACAUGAAGAAGCUGGAAUUGCUCGUCAGGAGCGUCCAGGAUCUCGAACGAGACGUAUCCAGUCUUUUCCAGCCUGUGUGGCCCGUGAACGGCAGUCCGGCAAGAUGGUCUAUGUGUGCAGAAGGUCCUUGCUCUUGUAUGAUGGAAACUCAAACGGUCUCCUGCUGGCGAUUGGGCCUUCAGCACCACGUCCCAAGGAAACAGCAGAUACCCGUGGAUACUAAGAUACUGGAUCUGAGCAUGAAUCGACUGAAGUUCCUUCACAAGGAUUCAUUCAUUAGACUGACGGAGCUGGAAGAGCUCGAUCUUAGUGAGAACGACUUGGAGUUGAUGCCGAACAGCGUAUUCUACGACCUGGAGAAUAUGAGGCAUUUAAAGCUGCACAAGAACCAGCUAUUGUACCUCUCCGGAGAUCUGUUCCAAGAUGCAGGGGCACUACGCACGAUCGACAUCUCCUUCAACAUCCUCGAGAAAUUGCCGGAGCCUCUGUUUAAAAAGCUCUACAGUUUGUACUUUCUGAAUCUGGCCAACAACGCCAUCAGCGAGAUCCCAGAUUCUGUCUUUCACGACCUGGAGAGCCUGGAGGACCUCGAUCUGUCGGUUAACAAGAUCAAGGAGUUGCCAAGACACGCCUUUGGGAACCUGAAGAUGCUGAAGCGUUUGAAGUUGGAGGAGAACGAACUGGCUCGUCUCCCCUAUGGCAUAUUUGACCAGCUGGAGUCACUGCAAGAACUCUAUCUCCAAAAUAACAAGAUUGAGCGCCUUCCGAUGGGCGUGUUUGCUUACCUGGGUAGCCUGACUUUCCUCGAUUUGACGAGCAAUCAAAUCCAGGGGAUCGAUUACAAGGACUUUAUCGCCCUCAGGAACCUGCGAUCUCUCUUCCUGGGGCAGAACUUCAUCACGACCAUCACGAACAAGACUUUUGUAGGAACGCCGAAGCUAGAGAAACUCUACCUGUUCUCCAACAAGAUCGAGGACGUGGAGCUGGCGGCCUUCUCGGGUCUGAACAGCCUGUCCUGGCUUCUCCUUAACAACAACCUUCUUCGUCAACUCCCGCGGGAGAUCUUCAAGAGGACACCGAGUCUCCUUCGGCUUCAGAUCGACAGCAACAAAUUCAUGAAACUUCCGGAGGGAAUUCUGGAUGAACUGAAAGUCGUCGAACAAGUCAAACUGUCGAUGAACCCAUGGCACUGUGACUGCUUUAUUCUCUACCUGACACGAUGGCUCCACCGUAACCCCGACAAAAUUUGGGACCGCCAGCCCAAAUGCCGGGGGCCGGGCGACCUAGGGGGAAAGCCCGUUAUAGACAUGACCUUCAACAGCGUCUGCGAUGGGCAGUGGGCCUCCAUGACCAAGAUUCAAGGAAGAGUGUAAUGACGAAGUGACACUACCGAGAGAACGCGUUGAUCCGUGUAGUGUGACUGGUUACGGGGAAGGAAGAAGCUGUGGUACCAGUAUCGUCAUGGAGACUUGGUGAUCAGUUCGCACCAUCUUGGAGGAGCAAAAUAAAAGCUAGUUCUGUUUUUAUUCAAAUUCGUAUAGGCCAAAGUAUUUGAUAAACCAAAACUAUGUUUCUAUGUACAGUAUAUACUGUCGUGAAGUUAAAAAUGUGACCUUUAGUCCGUAUGCCAUGAAGUGGAAGCUUUCGCAUGCAUUUGUGUUAUCACCUUCCGUAUGUAUUAUGUGGAAUUCAGUCACCUUCAGAGUGUUGGUUUGAUGGCUUAAUUUCCUCCUUCUGCGACCAAACUUUGGAAGGAUUUUCCAUCUUUCGUUCUCCGUUCCCUAAAUUUUAACGCUUGAAAGGUGGGUCUCUUGAGAAGUUCAGGCCCGUACCUAGAGUUUUUUUUAUUUGGGGGGGGGGGGGGGUUCGUCUUUCCAAAAUUGGACUUUUUCUUCUAUAAAUGUCAUUGCAUUUAUAGGUAUAUACAAGAUGAAAUAUUUGAAAAUGUCAUUUAUUUAUAUUAAGAAGGAAAAUUGGGUACGCGGUCCAUGUCCUUCUACCUGAUUAGACACCCCCACCCGACACCUCCUCGGUACGGGCCAGGAGUUACAUUAAUAUCUUUAGUCAAGGUAAUAUUGAUACCUAAUGUUGUAGAUUAUAGAAUUGAUUGAUUGCUAACUCCAGGAAAGCACCAAGAAAAAUACCUUUCGCUUAUUCUUAAUCCUAUGCUUUCAAAAGAACAAAAAUCUAUUCAAAGCAAAUAUAUUAAUUUCUUCUUGUUACCUGACUUCAUAUAAGGAUUAUUUCGUUGUCUCAGCUUUCUUCUCUUGUUUUUCUUAUAAGUAACCGCUCGAAUUCAGUUGGACACCUGGCUUCACUCUGUCUGAUCCAAUAAAAGAAUCUUAAAUAGAAUAUCGGUUAUUAUAGCCUAAUAAAGAUAAUUGGAAAUUCUGUUCAGUUCUUAAGCUUUAAAUCUGAUGGAUGCGUGCCAUUGUCUUUCUCGUUUUUAAUGAAAUAAUGUAAAUAAAACAUUGUCCUAGCUUUCCUCUUUGACCAAAUACAGGUUUUUAUUCAUUUAUUUAACAAUAAAGGUGGGUUGACACGAAAAACGAAAUUUCUCAUUUAUGUGUGUACCUGGUUAAACAAACUCUUUGCAUCACAACAAAGCAUUCGUAAACGGCAAUAAAUAAAUAAAUUAAUUAAAACAUGCUCAAGGUAUGCCAUGAGAAGUUUGCGGAAAGGCUGAUACCUUCAAGAAUUUUUCCUGUCUUGCAUGGUGCACUGAAAGGUAACUGACUAUUUCUGGAGAAAUUCUUUACAAAUGUGGUUAUUAAAAGUCUAACAUAACGACAACGAUGCAAAUUCACCUGCUCCACUAAAGCUGACAUCAGAUAUGGCCAAAAGUGGCGUUAAAAAAACGCUGUUUUAUUCAUGACAGCGACUCCCUCUUGCUACCGAGGGAGGCUAAUAGCGAGGCCACCGCCAAUAGUCUCAUGAUAAUCGUGUUGAGAGGUCUAAACUGAUGUCACCACAUCUUUAAGUGAUUCCCGACAAAUCCCGGCUUUUUAAGGAUGUUCACUCCGUACUUUUCAUACGUUUUCAGUCUGC